AUGCCUACCAACUGGUUCGAAUAUGUGAGGGGGAUGAGUGGAAAGACAGCCUUCAACACAGCCAGUGGACACUAUGAGUACCAGAUCAUGCCAUUUCGACUCACCAGUGCCCCCACUGUCUUCCAGGCUUUGGUCAACGAUGUGCUUCUGGACAUGCUAAACUGGUUUGUGUUUGUCUACCUGGACGACAUCCUGUUUUUUCCCGAUCUGCCCAAGAACAUGUACUCCAUGUCAGACAGGUCCUUCAGCACAUGGUCUCCGAUUGCGGUCCACCGCUGUCGACGUACCUGGAGAAGAGCCAGGGUGGCUAUUCUCAAGACCAACUCCAGGUAUCGUUGUCAAGAGGACCGUCGCCGAACCCCAGCUCCCCUCUACCGCAACGGGCAGAGGGCCCAUCCUUCCCCCCGGGUUAUCGGUGGCCAACCAGCGUAUACGAUGAGACACUACCUGAAGCAGGAUUUCGGAAUGAGAAGCUCUGGAGGGGCCAGUAGCGGGUACGUGAUAAACUUCAGACGAACAGUGAACUCUGGCUCUUUGCGCAGAUCCGCGUCGGUGCUGACGUUCACUGUCAUCGUGGCGUCUGGGGGGCUUCUGUUCAUGAUAGAGAAAGGAAUGCUGAAUAGUAUGGAGACACCUCCACAUCGGGGAAGCAGCAAGGUCAUACUGCCUCAGACAAGCUCGUCAUCCGAUCCAUCUGUGGACGCAGAAUCUCAGAUUCUCCAGGAGAUCCGUAUCCGGACCAUAUGUGGUCAGAAGAACAUGCCUCACAGUGUGAGGUGCCUGAGCCCCCUGCAGAGGAAAACCCUGCUGCAGCACGUCCUAGUGAACGACGAGCACCGCUUCCUCUGCUGCUACGUCCCCAAGGUGGCCUGCUCCAACUGGAAGAGGGUUCUGAAGGUCCUGAGUGGGACUCUGGAGAACGUGGACGUCAGCAUCAAGAUGGACCACAAGAGUGACCUGCUAUUCCUGUCCUCCCUGAAGCCAGAGGAGAUCCGCUACAGGCUAAAACACUACUUCAAGUUCAUGUUUGUGCGGGAGCCAGUGCAAGUGAAUGCAAGUGAAUUCAGUUUAGUAGGAUGUUGGUUAGAGGUGAGCAAGGACAGACAAGAUUUAACAUAUUAAACAGAACUCAAACUCUCCCCACUGGACUCUUUUCCUACAGUAUUUGUCUUCAUAAAAGCUCUUGGAUAUCAAA